CUAAAUAAAAUGCAGUGAUCUCAGCAGCCAAAGAAGAAGGAUGACCGGAGUCAUGAUGACUCUUCUUAGGCAAGUAUAGAAAAGAAACUCUCCUCUAGGUUCUUGCUUUCCUUUUCACGCGCUUGUCUUGCCAUGGAUCGAGCACAGAUUUUGCUGGUAGGAUUACCUCUAUUUCUUUUAUGCACUGACCUUAUCCACCUCUUCACCCCACCACCUCCCAAGCACCCCCACCACCCCCCCCCCCCACCCCACCAUCACCAUCACCACAAACAACCACAAUUGGGUGCCGAUGAAACCCUAGAAGCUCCAACGCAGAAACCAGUUGUUGGAGGGAUUGGGCUUGGAAGCACGGUCAAAAUUGACUUUUGCUCUUCUUGCUCUUACAGAGGGAAUGCGGUGACGAUGAAAAGGAUGUUGGAAACGCAGUUUCCAGGGAUUGAUGUUGUACUUGCAAAUUACCCCCCAUCCCUUCCGAAGCGGGCGGUAGCCAAAUUAGUACCAGUUUUUCAGAUAGGAGUUGUGGGAAUUGUGUUGGGUGGUGAACAGAUUUUUCCGAUGCUAGGAAUCAGGACUCCUCCUUGGUAUUAUUCUUUACGUGCCAAUAAAUUUGGGACCAUUGCAUCUACUUGGCUUCUUGGCAAUGCAUUGCAGUCCUUCCUGCAAAGCUCUGGGGCGUUUGAAGUUUACUGCGAUGAUGAAUUGGUUUUCUCCAAACUGAGGGAGGGCAGAUUUCCAGGAGAGAUCGAACUAAAAGAUAUUGUUGGCAGAAGGUUGGCAAACUCUGACAUUUCUCAUACGUUGCCCUAGUUCGCUGCCACCCAUGUGGAGUUGUCCUAGUUCGCUGCCAACCAUGUGGGGUUGAAUUCAAAACAAGUGGUUAGGUGGUUGGACGCCUAAUAUUAUACUGUCUGGAAAGCAGGGCAUGAUGCAUGUAAAUUGGAACCCGUAUGGAUUUUUCAGGGAAAAUAAACCAAGCUGAUGCCUUGAGUUGCUUUUCA